UCUGUGAUACAGGAGCAUCUCAGAGUAAUAAAUACUGAUUUUUCUCUGUGUGACGCUGUGGAUGAAAGUCACAUCGCCCGAAGAUAAUCGGAGUCUGACUCUGAACAUGGUCGCUUCUGGAGUAAAUCUGUCAGCCCUGAAAAUCCUGUUUUUCCCAGUUUGGGUCAUUGGAUUAUUUUAAAAGUGCUAUUAUGGACUCUCCGAUCAGCCAGUGAUUGUUACUUCAGCAUCAGAAUGUGUCCAGUGUGAUCGCUCAGUCUCAAAUGAACCACACUGUGAGCGGAUCUGCACUUUCAGCUCUACACAACAGCCCGAGCUCCGGUAAAACACCCGGUAACUUCACCUACAGAAGACUCACUGGAAUUAUAAAUACCUCCACGUCCAGGGUUUCAUUAGAUCCGUCUGAUCCCGUCCGUCAGGCCAAGCGACUCCCUAUUAAAAUAGUGAAGAUGCUGACCGCGCACUCGGGCCAUUUACUGCACCCGGAGUACCUGCAGCCCCUCAGCUCGGCUCCCAUCAGCAUCGAGCUGGAUGCUAAGAAGAGUCCAUUAGCCCUAUUGGCUCAGACAUGUUCUCAGAUCGGCAAACCAGAUCCCCCAUCGUCCUCCAAACUGGCCUCUAUCACUUCAAGUGGACUUGGAGAAAAAGACUCAACCCGGACCACCUCCUCGACCCUGAAGCUCGGGGAGCAGCGGCCACCGCCGGACGACAAAUCCAGUUUUAAGCCUUACUCUAAAACUGGUGCGGACAGCCAGAGGGAUGGGAGUAACACCAGCGGCACCACUAACAAGACUGGCUUUUGUCUUUCCAUGGGUGGAGGUAGUGGCAGCAACGGCACGUCGAGCUGUCAGCCUCAGCACACUCGCACCGUUUCUCCGAGCUCUCGAGUGGGCUCACCUUCGCUGACUCAGGCACAAAGGCACACUCUUUCUCCGAGUGUAGGGCGUCCCGCUGGACAUUCGCAGACUGCCAACGGUGAGAGCAAAACCACUGAGAUGGCACACUCCGAUAGUAACGGCAGCGUAAAGAAGGACACAGAGUCGAGUAAGAUGAGUCCAGAAAGUCCCCAGUUGGCCAACUCAAGCCAUGCCAGAGCGAGUACAAACUCCAGCGGCUCAAGUUCGGACAGCAGCCCAAAUAACGAGAACAAAUCAGACUCGCAGCCAUCUCAGCCUGGAGGACUGGGGCCUGUUUCUAUUUCUCCCUUCAAAUCCAGCCACCCUGUUUUCUCUCUUCCAUCAUCCAGUAUGGGCUACCACGGCUCUAUAGUGGGCAGUUACGCCGGCUAUCAUGGACAGUUUGUUCCUGGCUUGGACCACACUAAGUCUAGCCUAGGUGGUGCUGGAGUUGGAAAACACCCAAGCUCAAGCCCACUCACUGGAGCAUCUCCGCCCUCAUUCAUGCAGGGCUUGUGUCGGGACCCAUACUGCUUAAGCUACCCAAAUGCCCCUCAUCUGGGUGGCAACUGUGGAACAUGUGUUCACGACCCUUCCUCUUCGCUAAAGUCUGGAUUUCCAUUGGUUUAUCCCGGUCAUCCUUCGCUGCACUCGCUCCACCAGAGCUCUUUGUCUUCCAGCAUCACACCAUCCCUCUCUCACCCGCUUUAUACGUAUGGCUUCAUGCUUCCCAAUGAGCCUCUACCGCAUGCCUGCAACUGGGUUUCAGCGAGCGGGCCUUGCGAUAAGCGCUUCACCACCUCUGAUGAACUUUUAGCCCAUCUUCGUACGCACACCUCUCUGCCAGGUGUGGACGGAAAGCUCCUGCCUUCAUACCCUCCGUCAUCCUCUUCGUGCCACCUCCACUUGCCGCCUCAGAGCAGUCCUGCGUCCUUACCCAGUUCCUACUCCCUAAGGGGGCCUCCAAGUUUGGGACUGUCACGUUACCAUCCUUAUAGCAAAAUGCCACUGCCUACAGCACCCACGUUACCCAUGCACUCUUUACCAGCCUCUGUGCCAUAUUAUUCCCACUAUGCCCUCUACAGCCAGAGACUGGGAUCUACCUCAGCCCUCGGUUACCAAUAAGACUCAGUGCAUUAUGAAGCCUGGACAUCAGGGCACUUGCAUGAAAACUGAUAACUGGUAGGAUAUUCCGAUGGGAAUGACUGAACUGAAUAAGCAAAAAUGCAGAGCGAAAUAAAUAUCCUGAGACUUUUUUAUGGGUGUGCAGGGUGCAUGCAAGCUUUAAAUGGUGUGAGACUUGAUGCAGUUUUCAAACAGAAUUGUAUUUAUUUUCUAACAAGCGCCUGACUUUUCCGUUUUUAAUCCGCACAUACCUGUUUACUUUCACAAAUACAGAGAAAAAAUAUGAAUUCAUUUUAUUCUUAGUUUCAUUUCAUUCUAACUCUCUCUGCCUUUUAUUUGUACACAAUAUGCUGCAAAAACUCAAGCUUCAGUUUUUUUAUAAAAUCAUCCUGUCUGAUUCUGUUUAGUUUGUCUGUGCAGUAUGAAUGUGCAUGUCAAAGUGAAUGUGUAAAACUUUAUGCUUUCCAAAUGCUUCUUUUUAUUUGAACAGCUUAUAAAUAAAUGUAAUAAAGAGCUGUAAUAUUUUUUGUACAGUUGAAAUUACUAGGCUGGUUAAGGUGCCGCUUCGAUGAAAUAAAAGAAUUAUAGUGAUGGCAGAGCUGUCCAACUUUGAAGUUAUAAUUUUGUUAAAUAAAUGAAAUGGUUAUAUUUAAACUA